UGUACAAGGAAAGUCAGCAGGUUAUUUUUACCACAUUUGUUUGGUGUACGUGUCAGUUGUUUUUUUAACAAUAUUCUACGUGUUCCGCGAAUAUUCCUUUCGUUAGUGUUACAGUUAAGGUCGCGCCCUAUAGGCUCCUGACCCCUGCACAUCACGCAUCAGAUCCAACGCCUUCUGCUUACCUCUCAAGGCCUUACUUAGACUUCGAUUCUUUUAUUAAAGGAGUUUUCAAGCCUACGAGACGUUCACUUGUUCUUCUACAGUGUAAACAUUCAGCACCAUCAUGUCGGUCUCUUCAGGUGACGUGGAAAUAGACAUUUCAGGAGAUAUUGACGUUCCUGCUCGGGUUACGGAGUCAAAUAAGUCGAGUGGGAUGAGCGAAGAGUCGGAGUUGGUUGUGGCCGAUCCGUUUGACAUGGAUGGUGACAGUCCCUACCAGGAAUCAAGUGCUAUCAAGAAGCUCCUAAUGCAGCUGCCUGUCCAACUCCAGCUGGCCUCUCCAGCUGCCAGGGAGUGGAUCACUCGCCGGAGGGAGAAUGUCCGACCAUGGCUGGUCUUUGUCAACACACAGAAGUUCAAGAUUCCACCUAAUGUGCAGAGAUGGACCAAGAGAAUGAUCAAGAAUGUGGACUACUUCCAGUCGAAUUAUAUGUUUGUUUUCAUCAUCCUCAUCCUCUACUGCCUAAUUACGUCCCCGAUGCUCCUCUUUGCUGUAGCUGCAUCCCUCGGUGCCUGUUACAUCCUGUCGUUGAAGAAUGCAGAGAAGAAGAUUGUCAUAGGAGGUCAUGAAAUACCACUCGCUCACCAGUAUGGAGCUAUUGGCAUUCUCUCUCUGCCUGUUUUCUAUUUAGCCGGCGCUGGGGCGGUCUUAUUCUGGGUCCUAGGUGCAAGCUUCUUCAUCAUUGCCAUCCAUGCUUCCUUAUACAACAUUGAGAGUGUCCUUGGGUCAGAAGAUGAACCUUUUGAGCUGCAGAUGGAGCAGGUCUAAAGACAGAGUUUGUCAUCUGGAGAAGAAGAAAAGAAGGAAGAUUUACUGAGAGCUGAAAGGAUUAGGUGCUUGUGUGCUAUCAUUCUUUUGUAUGAAAUAUAUAACCACAUUCAUAUUUAUAUACAUAUAUAAGUUAUUGUGGAAUUUUUUUCCAGAUUACCUGUAUUAAAGUAUCAUAAUAUCUAUGUAAAUUAAUAAAUGGAAGUAAGGUGCUUCAACACCUGUGCUAAAGUUAUAUUGCUUGAAGUUGUGUAUCUGUCCUAAGUUUUGAAGAUAAAGUGUAAGAACAGAAGUAAAGGCAUAACACAUGAGACCUAUUGCUUGUGUUUCAGGAUAUUACAGACAGUAUCCUAGGAACGUGAAACUAUACCAAAAACAUUAAACCGAAAAUAUGUAAGAGACAGUUGUGCAUAACUCUAUUCUUAUUCUUCUGUUAUUUACCGGUAAUGCAGUGGGGAGUGAGUUACAUGAACUAUUUAUUUUAUGAAUUACAAAUAUUUUCACAUUUUAUUGUAUUAAACCAAGAGUAUUUCUUCUGCUUCUUCUUCUUUAAUUCAAUCUAGCACUGCCAACACUAAUGCUUAUAUCAUUUUUUCAUUAAAUAAGAAUGAUCAGAUAUUGUUUGUAAGAACAUACAAUAAUUUUUUACAAUACUAUACAGUGAUAGGCGUAUAUUUUAGCAAUUUGCCCACUUCUACAGUAUGAUGUUAUUUACUAUUAAAAAAAAACAUGUACAAUUUUUUAUAGACAAAUGUGAAACUUGAAGAAAUAGUGCAAUAAGAAACAACAAACUGCCUACAUACUUCUUUUUGUUAGACUUGAUUGUAUACUAUAUAUCUUCUUUCCAAAUUAAUUGAUCAGUCUGACAGUGUUACAGUGUAAUGAAACCAUUAUAAACUUUUUUUUCUCUCUUUUUGUUUUUCUUUUUCUUCUUUGCCAAUCAGUAAAUUGUCAGUGAAUCAAGUGACCUGAGAAAUUGUAUAUUUUUCCAAUAGACACUGACAGUUUACCUGAAGACAUUUGUUAAGAAAUUUGGCCUUCCUAAUGGCAAUCAACAUAGAACAAAGUUCUGGAAAACAGUGUUUUCAGUUAUUUAAGAUAAGACAUGCACAGGUAAUUGGAUAUAUAACUCUGAAACUCCCCAAAGCUAAAACUGUAUGUAGCAGUUAUUGGGCUAAUAUAGUUAGUUUUUCUUUCUUUUCUUUCUUUUUUACUUUUUUUUUUCUUUUUACACACACACACACACACACACACACACACACACACACACACACACACACACACACACACACACACACACACACACACUCUCUCUCUCUCUCUCUCUCUCUCUCUCUCUCUCUCUCUCUCUCUCUCUCUCUCUCUCUCUCUCUCUCUCUCUCUCUCUCUUUCUUUCUUUCUUUCUUUCUUUCUUUCUUUCUUUCUUUCUUUCUUUCUUUUACAUGCAAAAGAGAUUUCUGUGAAUUCUUAUUGUGUUUAGAUAUAAGUAUGUUUACUUAAUGAUGUUAUUUGUUAUAGCAGUAAAAUCUGUUGUGUUUUACAUUGGGAAGACAUUGUGAAAUGUAUAAACAACAUAUGUUUAUGGGUAUUAAGAAUGUGUUUUUGAGAGGCACAAGCUAUUUAUGAAGUUGAAUAUUGUAUGCUUAUCCUUAUUUAUUAAAGGUCUAAUGUUUAUAUAAAUUAUAUACAAAAUA